AUGGCGGCCAUCAGCGGCGGCGUGCAGAACAUACUCCGGAGGGCGGGAGAUCUCGGUCAGCUGCGUGCCACGGGGCAGCUCCUUUUCUCUCUACGGCUGCUCACAGUGUGUGUGCUGUGCUGCCUUGUGUGCAGAUGCCAAGUCGGGGAAGAUGUUCGUCUUCGACCAGGUGAGUAAGCAUGCAGGCAGGGCAUCCUUCUCAACUUCCUGUGUCCGUCCGUUUGUGUCUGCGUCUAUCUGUGCACUCUGCCUGCAGGUGUUCAAUUACCUGGAGAACUAUCACGAGGAGUACCCGUCCCACCAGCAGCCGUCCGAGCAGGCGGCCAGGGAGCCAGGCGCCAGCCGGGCCUCGGUGCGCCGGCUGUUCCUCGAGGAGAGCCCCGACCUGUUUGCACGGAUGCUGCGCGAAUGUCGGCUGGAGGUGUUGCCCUUCGAUAGGGACAGCCGGACGCUGUACGACUUUCUCAACGACUACCGAUUCCUCAAACUCGACACGCAGCCCAACGACCGAACGCUGCAGGUCAGUCGAUGUGCGAAGAAAAAGAAAAGCACGAAGAGCUGGUACAGGCGAUUUUAUGUGUGGGCAGGAGCACACACCGUUUGUGUCGAAUGGCAAGCUGACGAUUGCCUCGAGCGAGGCAGUCGCCAUCAACCUGCCUGAGUUCCACUCAGGCGCCGAACGGAACAUCACCUUCUCGUUCCACUUUGCACUCGAGAGCUUCCCCGUCACACAGACGGAGGAAACGCACAGUAGUGCGACCCCCACAGCUGCCCAACAGACUCCUCAGCAGCAGCAGCAGCCAACCGCCACGGCAGCUCAGUUCGGCCUUUCCUUUGGGCAGACGAGGGUGUAUUUCUCGCCAGAAGGGGAGGAGGGGAUCCAGGAGCAGCAGCAACAGCAGCAAAAGACACAGGCGGGCAAGAGAGGGACCUCUGCUGCUGGAGCGGACAAGUCUAAGCGGAAGGAAAAAGAGAGGAGUGGGGAUGAGGAGGCGGAGAGCGGCCCGAUUGUGCAGAGUCAGUUCCGGCAGGUAUACUUGCAGGAGGGCAGCGAGCCUGUGCAGGCCACCAAACUCACAUCAUUCUCUUUCCUGGAAGGUAAGGUACCUACAGACGCCGAUGGAUGCGUACGUAUGUGUGGGCAUGCAUCCUUCGGGUGUGUUGAUUGGCUGGCCUGGCAGGGGAGCGCAUUCGUUGUGUGGUGAACAUCAGCCUGGAUGGGCUUUCAUACCUGUCUCUAUACAAGGCAAGCAGACCGGCAGGCAUUCGGGGAGGGGAGCCAGCCUUCUUUGCACAGACAUGUAUAUUCGUAGUGGUGUGCCUCUGGUCUGUCUGCAGGGUACGAGCAACCACUCAUCCAAUGUCAAGCCCUUCGUGCUGCCCCUCCGACUCAACCGAUCGGGAUUCUGCCAGUCGGACACACACCACACCAGACAGACAUCAGACAAGCCAUCACAUGAGCACCCAGACAAUGACGUGUGUGGAUGUAUGUAUGGACCUUGUGUGCAGCCCCGCCAAUUUGCAGACGUCCUUCGUCACAAUCUUCCUGUCAGGACCUGGUGGGUAUGCAAGGGUCGUUUGUGCAUGUGCAUGUGAAUGUCAUGGGUUAUUGUUUGUCCACGUCUGCGCUGCACACUGUAUAUACAGGUCCGAAGGUGGUGUCUCUUGAGAGUUUGGCGUUCUUCCAGACCUAUGUUGAGGUCGACUCGUCUCUGCUGGGUACGCUAUUCACUUUUGCGAACCGCUACCGUCUCAUGUAUGGGUAUGUGUACACAUCUCUGCAUAAGGACAGAUCCGAUCGACAUGUCCGUGAGGGACAGCGCGCUGAAGCUGCUGCAUCUGAUCGAGCCCAUCCUAAGCCCGGCGACGGGCAAGAUCAUGCCGCAGACAGAGGGGGCCGACAGCCGCUCGUCGCUCAUCCAGUGCGUCAUGAAGAUACUCACCUCGGGCAUCACAGACGCAGGUACAUACGUGCUUAUGCGGGAAGGGUAAGAAAGAAAGUGAGUCACACAAAAUGCACAGUGGCAUUUGGAUGUGGGUGUGGUGUUGCGGACAGAGUCGGCGACAUGCAGCAUCCUGAAUGAGUUUCAGAAGAUUCUGCUCCGGCUGGAGGACAAAGUACAAAAAGGCCUGACUGACACCAGAGAUACGCACAGGGGGGGAUGUGUACAUAUGUGGCCACCCCACAGGCGACGCUGGGCAGCUACGUGAAGGAUCUCAUCGACCUGCUACAGCACUUCUGGACUAAGCACUCACCCAAGCAGCAAACUACACCUGCUGCCGGUGUGCGCAGAGUGUUCGGCCGCGCGGCCGCGCUGGCCGCCCCUGCUGCUGCGGGGCUGCCCAGAGACGAUGAAACGAGCACUGAGAAGCGCCGCGUCUCCUCUGCUGUCGGCACUCUCAUCCAAAUGAUCACCGCGCUCGUGGCAGAUGAUGAAAGACGGUCAGCUCGACUCGACGCCAUCCACAUGCACAGCGUCUCUGUUCAUGUGUCGCGGGUGGGGUGGAUGGCGUGAAUGGGUGUGUCCUCAGGUGCACGGAAGCGCUGCGUUACAACGACAACGCGCUGUUCAAUGUGUUUCGUCGCAUCUUGGACACGUCGCUGUCGUCUGCCGGUGUGGGCAGCCCGAUAGUGCAGCAGGUGGUGGCCACACUCUACGCCCUCAACAUUGUUGGCAGGCCGCAGAGAGUCGCCGUGCUGGUACGCACGCACAAGGCCUCGUGAAUUCCAUGGCAAGAAGGCAAUCUGAUUGUUUGUUUGUGUGUAUUUGUGCGUGUGUGUGUGUGUGUGUGUGGUGAGCAGGGUGGUCCCAUGUCCGAGACCAUCUAUCUCAAUGACGCCAAGCGCGAAGUGGCCCGACUCACGCAAGGAGUGAGGCAGGCCGUCACAGAGCCCACCAUACGUAGACACAGAUCACUAGGAACACAUGACACAACGGUGGAUGCGUAUCGAUAUGCAUAGGACGCUGAUUCGUUGUUCGGCGGUGCGAGUGCGGCCUUCCCCUCGUAUACCAUCUCAUUUACGCUGGACUUCACCAAACCAUUGUCAACUGCCCCCGCGGCCAUCCCCACCUCAGCCAGCGGCAGCGCACCGCCCGGGACGCUCAUGCAGGCCCCGGGGAGAGACAAACAGAAAAAGGAAGAAGGUAUCCAUCCAUUAACCCGAUCUGAUCCAAUGCAGAGACAGACAGACAAGGGCUCUCUGCUAUUUCUUUCUGUUUGUGUGCUGUGCAGUUGUGGAGGACGCCCGUGGGUUUCAGGCGCUGCUGGACUGCUCUGCGUGCAACCUGCCGUCUGUGUGGAUCAGCUACCAGGACCACCGUGUGUGGGUGCAGGUCCCCACGCAGGACGACCACCUCGAGUCGGCCGUCUCGUCCGCCGCUAUCGACACCUACACUGCACAAGCCGCGGGACUCAUCGUCACCGUGGUCAGUGAGCGAUGGAUGCACCCAUGUCAUCCUGUCUGUGGCUUUGCUCUGGGGGAGCACUUCUUCCGUGUGCUUCGUGUUUGUGUGCAGGUGGUGAACGGGACAUCUGUGCAGUUCUACUUCAACUCUCAUGCGCAGCUGACGGCCCAGCCCUUGCGGCUGACAGCCUUUGCCAAGCCAGUGCACGAGGGCGCCAUCUACUCAGGCAGACACAUCGACAUCAGAGGCACGCAGGACACACGCACACACACACACACACCCAAGGGACAUGACCCUCCCUCUCUGUGUGGGUGCAGGACCGAAUCCCUUUGAAGGUCGUCUGGUCAACAUCCGACUGUUCCCCAGGUCAGCCGAGACGACACGCAUCAGGUUGGCCGUUGUCGGCCGAUGUGUCACGUCCCUAUCUCACACACAUACAGGGCGUUUGCCAAGCACGAGGUCGAGAGUUUGGUUCGGUCGAGCAAGCGUGAUCUGCAGAGCAUCAAGACCAAAGAGGGAGCCGGCAAGGGCAGGCGCAGAAUUGGCAAACAAGAGACCGCCGAUGCCGACCUGGUCACCGAAGACGAGCAGGAACAAGAACCGUCCACCGACCAGGAAUGUAUGUUAGUUUUAAAACAUGGAGACAUACGCAUAACAUAUGACACCCACAUCUGCCCUCGGUGUUCGUGCAGCGUCUCAGAAUAUUUUGGAGGUGACGCAGCUGCUGGCGUUGUUUGUGGAGCGCACCUUUGCCCCCGCCCGGCACAAGAAGAGCCGCGCCAUCACGAACCUGAGGUUGCAGCAAUGGAUGCUCCUCGACCUGGUCAACUCAACCACAGACACACAGACCCGGAGCCGCGCAGAUAUGUGUUUUGGACUGCAAUGUUGCAAUGCCUGUGUGUGCGGGCUGCAGGGUUUGUGUUCUCUGUAUGUGCCUACCACCCACCCUGCUUAUGGGGACCUCGUGCGCCAGCCAUUCGACCAAACACUCAAAAUGGUCGGUCAGCCGUGUAGCCAGCCGAAAUGUGUCCCCAUAUUUCUGCGUGCAUGUGUUUGUGUGCUGUCAGAUAGGUGUGAUGCUGGAUCGUGAGGAGCUUGUAGAGGAGGCUGCCAUGGGUGUGCUGCCGCCCGAGGAGCAGUCGGUGAUCCUCGCGGCGUCCGUGUUCGUCGCACAGAUCCUCAAAUCACCCAGAGGUGCAGACAGACAGACACGCUUCACACUCAUGGAUGUGAUGUGUAUUCAUGUGAUAUGUAUGUGUGCGUUUCCAGGCAAGCAGAUCUUGGUGCAGGACGACACUGUGGCCACGACGGUCGUGAAGAUCAUACCCUUCAGGUACGUGCACACACUGUGUGGGGCCGCAGGAUGCACAACAUUGGCAGGCACCAACAACCGUCUGUCUGGCCUGUGUGUCUGCAUGCAGCGAGAUCCCGAUCGAUUUGCAGGAGUAUGUGUCGCGGCAGCUAGAGGCCCUCUCUGUCAAAAUGUGUGUUGUGCUCCUGCACGCAAACCAGACCCUCGCCACAACCGUAAGCUCCACACACGUGUGCGUGUGCGUCAAUGUCACGGCGCCGUCCGGUUCUAUCUAUUCAGACGUUGGUGAUGCAAGCUUUGGUGAAGCGGAUCUUCAACGAGCAGGGGCUGAUAUACAAGGAGGACCUGCAGGAGAUACUCGUCAACAGAGGACUACUCGCGCUUGAGAGACUGCUCGUUGAGGCCGGGGGCGACACCGUCGUAGACGACACAACCGCGCCCGGCGAGUCCGAAGGUGAGCACAAUAACCGUGGCGACACGACGGACGGAUGCAGGAGUAUAAUUUCUCGCUCACUGUCUGCUCGUCAGGUCUUCUUGGGUGUGUCCGUCGUGUGUAUCGUCAGCUGCACACACAGCUGCACCAUGUUGUCGAUGAGCUCGUGCGCGGCCUGCCGCUGGACCCACACACGGUGUCCUCACUGAGCCGGCUCGUCAACACAUCGGCGGGUGUACCGUUCGUAAGCAAGAAAGGCCACACGCACCAGCACAGUUGUGUGGGUGAGGUGGACGACCAUUGUCUGUCUAUGUUGCUGUCAGAACAUGUAUUUCCCGGCGGAGAGCACCAAGCUGACGCGUCUGCCUGAGAGUGAUGGUGGGAAGAGUUAGAUAGACAGACAGACACGUGAAUGCAGACCACUCAGCGAGUGUCCCCUGUCUAUAUGCAGAUCCCCUGACGGCCUACGAGAUGAUGCAGCCGGUCAAUGUCCCCACGGCCAAAAUGCUACAGGUAGUACACACAAGAGACAGACACCUUUCAUGUGUGGCGACUCACCUCAUGUCAUGCGCGCCCUCCAUUCAUGGGCGCUGAUGCUGCAGGUGUAUUCGUAUCGGUACUACCCCCUGUCGUAUCGUGUCCGUGAGUGGAAGGGCGCCCGGCUGCGUGUGAGCGACAGCAUCUCGUUGCGCGACGCGCAGACGGCUGCCUCGCCCGCCAUAGAGGAGGGGGGCUACACGGCAACCAAUAGUGUCUACAUUCACAUACAGGGCAGCAGGCACCACACCAAAGUCGACCUUGAGGUAACCUACUUACCGUGGACACAUUUGGAAACUGCACAUGUCUAUUGAGUGUAUGUGCAUAUUUCUGUCUCAGGUCCGCAUUCGUCCAAUUCAUGAGCCUCCCUUGUGUCCGCAGAAGACCGUGCAGUUCCUCACGGCACCGGAACGGAUUGUGCCAUACUGCCUGUUCCUGCUGAGGUCAUCCAAGUUCGCACACAUGCCGGAGGUGUGGGCCAACGCAGCCCUGCUGCUGUCUGCCACAGCAAUCGACGUGACCACAAACAGAGAGAGAGGCACGGAAAACGGCCGCCAACAAUCGCUUUGUGUUGCAGCGUAACGACCCCGACAUGGUAGCGCGUCACCUGUCGUCCCUCGUGCGGUCCGCUCUCUUGUCCGACUGGAACUGUCGGACGAUCUGCAUCGAAGUACUUCAUAAGUAAGAUGCAUCCUCGCCAUUCAUCCAUCCAUUAAUCCAUUCAUCCAUCCAUGUCAAUGUUGGCCUCACUCAGAGUGUUGUACCCCGAUCGCCACUUGAUGCCCCUGCUGAUGGCCGCGGCCAUCUCCACGAAGACCCCGCAGGAGCACAGGGCAGACCUGGUGCGGCUCACAGCCAGGAUAGGCCAUCCAUCCUUCACACCCGACGAAGGAUUCGCUGAGUUCCUCGCAAUCACUCGUAGCGCCGACAUGCGCGUCUUUGGCGCUCCACCCGAAGGCAAGUGCGUCGACAAAAUGUUGAGACAUAUUAUGACAGGUCGUGUUUUCAAGUGCAGGCAGUGUCAUCAGCGUAGGAUCCGGUGAGUUUGAGGGUUGGGUGAUCCAGCCGGGCAGCCAGGAGCACGGCGAGCUCGUGAGGAGCCUCACCAUUCCCGAGUCCGGCGCAUUUGCCCGUGCCCAGCCGGCGGGUGUGGCGACCAUCCUGCUGGCACAAGUCAUGGGCGCCGCGGAGGACCUGCAGCUGGCCGCUGUAGAGCUCACAGAACAGGUAGGCAUAGCGUGGUCUAUAUGGUACACACAACGGCGAUACUGCUUGCACAGGUCAUAUUGCGUGACGACGAGUCGCUGUCGCGGCUUGUGUCUGAGGUCAAAGACAAGCAAGGGGCACUGCUACCGAAUGGCACGAUAUUCAAGGUAGGUAUCAUACAUACUGUACUGGCUGACGUGCGGGGAGUCUGUCCAUAUCCGUUUUACAGGUGUGGAAGGCCCUCUGCGACCUACUCGCCAGCAAGAAUGACGCGCUGAGGGUAAACACAAAAGGCGGAAACUGUGGCGUACACAACGAACGUGCUUUGACGUUGUCGCUUUGCAGGCGUCGUCUGCCCGUCUGCUGCACAGCAUGUACACCCGCAGGCCCGCGCAGACUCUGUCACUGUUCGCGCCUCCGAGAGACAUCAACCUGUGGAUCCUCCCGAAGCUUGUCAGUGGGCAACCAGAGAGACUACACUCGUCUCAGGCCAUCCCGUAUCAACGUAUCUUCCUGCUGUUGUGCCUGCAGCUGGGCUGCUUGGGUCAUCCUGACGACAACACAGUGACUGACGUGCUGGAGAUCCUCUCGCCACUCGCAGAGGAGCAGGGAGGUCCGUGGAAUGAAUGACACAAGCGUCCGUGAGACGGAUGUGGCGAACUCACGGUCCCUGUCUGCUUGUUCACAGGCAAGGAGCUGGUGCUGGGCAAGAAACCAAAGGCCGAGUGAGCAACGGCACCGACACAGAGACCGACAGUGACGCGACUCCGCCCCGUCACGUCUGCUUGCAGGGUGCUUGUGGAGCUGAUCAAAACCAUCCGGCCUAACUUCAUCCUCAGCGCAAUGGAAUGGAAGGUAUAUGCCUAACCACCACGGGGCAGCCCGUUCUCUCGGUGUGUGUUGUCAGGCGUCUGUGCGCAACUUCAUCUUGACAAUAGUGUUGCACGAGAAGGUGCUGACGGAGCUAACCACGUCCUCUGACCUGGUGGACGAGUUCUGGGAGGUCGUCGUGCAAGUCCUCAGGGUUGGUGACAAAAACACCCGCUCACAGACAUAUCGGUGGACGAAUGAUUGCUUGCCAGACGGGAGGCGUGACGGGGCAGUCGUUUGUGUCCAAGACCCUUCAGUCACUGUCCACUCUCGCCGGCAAACGGGCCUCUCAGUCCAGAGACCUCACCAUGGUCGAAAGCGUAUGCUCCAAACGAGGUCAGUGGGACACGGGAAUGAUGCGGCGGAGAGGCUCCCUCUUCAUGUGCAUGUUACCGCUUCAGUGCUCGUGCCUCUUGUGACGCAUCUGUCGACCAUCCCUGAGAGGGCCGGCAAGCAAGCCAGCGGCGCAUCUGCCAUGGUGAGCGAGUGACCCCGUACAUAUGAGCGCGAUGUAACACACACGCCUGCACUCAUGUGUUUGGCCAGGCGUUUGUCCCCGACGAGAUAUUGAAACUGCUCCGUUUCGUGCCGACGACGAGGCAGACGGAGAUCCUCUCGGACAUCCUCGAGAGCCUCCUCACGCAGCCAGGACAGAGCGAGAACACCAGCAUCAAGGCCUAUUGUGCGCGCAUCCUGCUGGUGUAUUUCUCGUCUGCUCUCGUGCGGCCCUUCCAAGCCCAGUGGUUCAACAAAUCCACAGAAGAGGGCGGCAUCGACCUGGCACCGCUGCAAGUAAUACCACAUGUGUCUCAUCCGUGUGUGUCUCGUGUGUGUAUGGCCUCGACCCUCCACAGAUCUCUGUUCCCGGCGUGGCAAGUCUCCGUAUCCGGCUCGAGUCACGGAAGAUGGGUGGCGGUCUGUGUCCCCUGGUGUCGACUCAGAGCAAGGAGGCGGCGGUGUCUCAGGAGAAGGCCGAGCAUCGGCUGAUGAACCUCAAUCAGAGCACACCCGACAUUUCGUUUGCCGCAGAGUUCCACAACGUGACCACCGGCACCGUGUGGCUCGGUGUGGAGAAGCAGCUGGUGUCGACCAAGGGAGGUGAGGAGUUCUGGGUCAAGAUUGUGCCCGCGUUCCUCUUCGAGAAGAUCAGUCUCGACGCCGUCAACUCCUUCCUCAAGUCCGGGCACUUCAACAAAAUCGUCGGCCUGCUUGUGCAAGGUAGGUGGCCUUUCCAACAAUCCGCCGAAGCCACAAACGGCAGCAAAGCAUUUGUGACUGUCCAACAGGCAAGGAUAAUCGGUUCCGCGCGUCAUCGUCCGUGCUGUACAGUCUGAGUUGGCUGCACGGCGUCAUAGCCAACAGCAACAUGACCGAAGAGCUGCCCGAGUUCGACCCUGCUAAUGUCGACCUGCUGCCGUUGCUGCGGCUCACACGCACUCUUGUGCAGAAGUGCGCCACGCUGAGGCCCGAUGCCAAAGAGUUGGAACUCAUGAGGGAGCAUCUGUCAAUCACUGAGGUACAGAAUGGUUGAUGAUGAGAAGUGAUGGCUUCCGUCAAAUUCGUUUGUAUGUGUCAUCGUGUCACCAGAGAACUCUCUAUCGCCUGGCCCAGAUAUCCAAGUUCCGGACAGCCCUUCUUGGCGGAGAGGACUGGGAGAACCUUCCCCUCUUGCUCGAGAUCCUGCAGCACCGCCUCACACCCGAAUGGAUCGCAGCCAUGACGCGACUGCUGGCAGUCCUGCAAGACCAUGACCCUGCCAGCGUCCCGUCUGUCUUUUCAGCGCUUCUCCUGUACGUCCCCGAGAGGGCAGAACUGAUGAGUGCCAACCGUGCCACCGCAGUUGGGCACGUGCUGAAUGCCUAUGGCCGUCUGUUGGAGGAAGGCCUCAUCCCCACGUUUCUCGAAACGUUCCGGCGGGGUGGCUUCACGAGUGUGACGGGAUCAGGCCCCAUGUCAAGUGCGCUCAGGGGAGCCGUCGACAGCACGAAGCGGUCUGACGUGAGCCACGUUGUAAACAUGCUCACGUUCCAGGAGGACACGGCCGUGCGGGCCAGCUGUCUUCGAGUGCUGCGGGCGCUGGGCACACGGAGAUACCGCGAGCAGCCGAUUCUAUCUAUCUGCCGCCUGCACAACCUGUCGAUGCAAAACGCAGCCGCCAGCUUCGCAGCAGCCAAGAAUCAGACGGGCGAGGGACUUCCAUCUGCCGGCCUGGCAUACCCCCUUCCGUCUGAGUGCCUGGUCAUGCCUCCCUUCGCCUACUCUGUGUGGGUCUACCCCGUGCAGCCCAUCACCCAGGCCGUCAAGUCGCAGUUCGUCUUUACUCACGUGUCAGACUCGCAUGCAACCUGGCCAAUCAGCCUCGUCGUGACACCCAUCGGCACUCUGGGGGUCCGGAUCGGCCCCGAGUCGGCGCCGAGCGGCCGCACAGAGCUGGUGGUUAGGGAACUGCAGUGGUCGCAUCUCGUGCUGGUCGUGGAGCGCAAGAAGGCCGUCGCGUACGUCAACGGCAUCAAGGCGUGCGAGGCCCACCUAGCAGCGCAGGAUGCUCAAUCUGACAUCUCUUCGACUCAGACCGCACGGACGUCGAGAAGAUUAGGGGGCGUGUGCUAUGUUGGAGUCCCUCCACCGGAUGUGGUGGGUUUCAGCACGGCGAACUGGUUCUUUCCGGGAUACGUCUAUAGGCUGACAUACCAUGAUGAAGGGCUCGCGGCGCAGGUACACGAAAAACGAAAGAAUGCAUGACUUCGGGAAGCUUGCCAACAUCACUUGUCCUGUCUCUCUCACAGGACGUCGAACAGAUCUACGACAUGUCAGUAGCCAACACGUCAAGCCUGCCGUCCGCCGAGGAGCUCGAGGCCCUCGAAGGCCAUCGCCGCACCCUCACCUUCCCCAGUCAUCGAUUCCUGCCCAACCCACUCUACUAUGUCACAUCCAGCGACUCGUGGGACCAGCUCAGCCCAGUCAUCAGAGACACGCUAGCGUCGCGAGCUCAUUUGACUGACGAAGGGAGAAGCGGCCCCAUAGCUGAGCUGCGAAGAGAGGGCGGCGGGCUGUUUGCAACGCUUCUGGACCUCGAGAAGCAGAUCAAGCCGUACCAACGCAGCUAUGCGGCCAACUUCUCAAGCCUCGUCGGCCCGAGUGUGCUGCGCCUCAAGAUCAUGCCAGACUCGCCCGAGGACUCGGACUUCACUAUCGAGACCAAACUGAGGUGGCGACAAUACCUCGCGCAGAACGAGAACGUGCCAGUGCAGACCAUCCUUGCGCAAUCUGGAUCGAAGGGGCGCUUCGACGCGGGCAAGGAGGGAAGACAGUGCCUCUUGACACUGGAGACAGGCCCGAUGCCCGCGGAUGGCAGCGGCAUGCCGGCAGGAGACGGCGAGCGAGGCUGCUGGCAGGUCGUGUUCCGCUACUACGGCUUCGAGCACCGACUGGCCAUCCCGCCGAUCACUGGUGAGUGGCUGCACAUCGUGGUCAUGAAUGACGGCAGCAUAUGUAAGCUGGCGGCCGACUGGGACGGCAAGCAGCAAGCCAUUUACGAAGGCCAGCACGGCACCAGUGACGUCCGGAUGAACAUGAACUGCACCAUCGGGUGCGACUUUGACAUGACGACCGACAAGCCCCUGCACCCCCUCAUGUGCGACAUGGCCUUCCUUCGCGUCUGGUCUGGGCCAGAGGAGCCCACCAAGUUGGUGGAGUAUGGGUUGCCGACGGCAGAGCACCCCUACGUGACAGCCACACUUACGGACGUCGAGUGGUCGCUCGUGCCAUUCGUCAAGCGAGACGGAAAGGCCUGUCUCCUACAGCUGUAAGACAGAUGUACACAAUGCAUCUCACAUUGUCAACACACGUCUUUGUCUAUGUCUAUCUCCCUGGCUGCAGUGCACCAAGACGGUAUCACCCGCUGAAGGAGGACGACCGCGAGCUCUUUCCUGGCGUUGCUCUAGUGUGCAGCGACGCAGACAUCCCCGGCCUCACAGUGUGCCACGCUGACCACUCGACCGACUUUUUCCUCGCAUCGUCCGCAACCCGAAGCAGAGCAUCGCCUCUCGUGACCGGCGCGAGAGACAAGGGCCUAUAUAUCGGGGCACGAGAGCUGCGCGAGCAAGCCUUCAUCCACCAGAUCGAGUGCUGCAUCCACGACAGCGGCCAUCGAUACGCCGCUGAGAACAUGGUGCAGGACCACCAGCGGGCCAGGAAGCUGCCCGAGUGCUGGAUCGGCCUCUAUGCUACAGAGGGCGGCAGCAUCGACAGCAAGCAGCCCAUGUACAAGCUGAACCUCGUCGAGUGCCGCGCGCAGCCCGACCAGAGGCUCACCACACCCGUGCAAGACUCACGCCUGGACGAUGAGGCAGGCAUCAACUCGACAUUCAAGCAGCUGACGCGGCGGGGCUGCACCGUGACGCUCCAGCUGUGUUUCGCCGAUCAAACGCUCUGGGUGUCAGCGUUUGUCAACCGGAAAAUCGUUCACUCCGCGUACAUUCGCCUGAAUGCCUUUGCCAGGCCCAUCACGGCCGUGGUGCCGGCCGCCUUCGUGUCUGACCGCAGCCACUGCAUCCACUUUCUGCCCACCCUCUUCACCAGGCUGUCGAUCGGGGCGCUGGAGGUGCGCCUGCCCGACAAGGGCACCACGAGGAAGCUGGCCGCCCAUCUGCCGCACUACAUGAUCCCGGACAUCUCUGGCAAGGCGAUGCCUCCCAGGCCAGAGACAUUCACGUCGGUCUUCACGGUCUACUGUCCUGUCUCGGCCAGCGAGGCCAAAUUCUCGCACCACGACACCGACAGAAAGAUCUUUCAACGAGUGGCGCUGCAAUACGAAAACGCGGCUGAGGGUGGGUGCAGGGGGGUUUUGGAGGUGCUGCGUGAGGGGCUGCGAGUGAGACGAGGGGCAGAGAUGCCCGUGACUUUCCCCGAGGAUGCCAUCGUCCUGGCGGCCCUGUGCAGGAGCCAGAGUGUGUGGCGUCAAGUCAGCCAGGAAGGUGAGUGCAUUCGGGGGCCCGUGUGCUUGUCUAAACAUUGAUGUCACCCGUCUCUUGUCUCCGAUGCCCCAGAUACCCUGCUGCACGACUGUCUGGCUGAGAUGGCGACAGUAGAGCUGAGAGGGUCUAUCGAGCAGGUCUUCACCGCUCUCAAGCAGAAGGUGGCCGUCGUGUCGUCCCUGCAGAUCCUCAUCCGCAUACAGCACACCCACCGGAGCCUCGUCGACCAGGGCUACGACCGCAUCCUCAGAGACAUCUUGCGGGAGGGGCUGGAGGAUCUGCGCGACCAGGUGUCUGCCAUCACGAGUGUGACCAACAAGAUGGCCAAUCGCGAGCAGCGCAUACAGGGCUGGAGGAUCAAACGGAUGGCAGCAGAGAGCAUGUACCGCCUGCUCAGGUGAGACAUGUUGUCGGCAUCCAAUUUCUGAGUCACUUUCUUGUACGAUCCUUGUCCGUGUUUAGAUCUACGUCGACGUACCUGAAGCCUCAAGUGACUCCAGGUAGGCAGCCGCACACAAACCAGGGAUUCGACAUGUCUUGUCGCUGUGUGUGUUGUGAUGUCAGUGCUGAUGGACGACUUCAUGCGUCUGAGCCAGGGAGUGCCCGGCACAUCCGUGGACCAGCAGCUCAUCCGAGACAGAAUCGCAGACUGCAGGGAAAUCAUCGCGUCAGACCUCAGCCUGGUAGGCUGGGCAGGCACACAUGGACCCACGAACAAGUGGAAGCAGAAACACAUUCACGUUUUGUCAGUUCAUUGAGGCCUUAACGACGGAGCGUCACUUCCAACAGCUGAGUCCCGGCCUGCUGAAGAGCGUCCUCAACACUCUGGUUUUCAUGAUCGCCUACGAUCCCUUCCCCGUCAAGAUCGUCGAGUCCGACCAUAGCCCAUCGAAGCUCAAGGGCCUCAAGACGGGCAAGAACCCAUGUGAGGUCAAGGGCGCGUCGCGUCUUGAAGUCACAUUCGACAAGGUGACGACCGACAGACGGCGAAAAACCACUCUCACGCCAAGGACGAUACACAUGAUGCGCAUCGUCUUUUCAGGGUUUUGAGAUUAUGCAAGGGUGCGUCAACUUCUAUGUGGGCAGCGACCUGGUGGCCAAGUAUGGCGCUCAACAGCACGCCACACCCGACUACGUCCUCCGCAUCCAAAACGACUCAUUCGAUUUCGAGUUCAUCGAGCGGCCCGACACCACCAGCACGUCUGGCAGGGGGGAAGGCGGCGAGCGGUUGAGUACCGCGGGAGAGUGCAGGGGGUAUCGCUUGUUGGUUCGAGCCUUCUACGACUCGGAUGACGAGCCGCUGGUGCUCAAGAAGCGGCAGAGCAUUCUUGAGAAGAAGGGAUUUGUGUCUGCGCUGGUGGGCAUGCACUCGGACUUCUCGGGCGGCGGGAGGGACAAGGAGCAGCAAGAGAUAGAUGAGUCGAUCGAGAACAUCCUCUCGCACCUCACAAAUCUAGGUAUGCUUGCACACUCUGAGCGUUUGUCGCGCGGUCCUUUUCACACGCGUGUCUUCUGUGGAUAUCUGCAGGCCCAGACCCGCCACACACAGCGAUUCUUUCCGAGCCCCGCGUGUUCCGACUGAUGCAGGGCAUCUUGGAGCAUCGCCCCGAUCUGUCCAAGAGCUCGGCCUCCGGCUCGCGUCAAACCUCUCCCCUGCUGUCCAAGCACGUGUCGGCUGCUCGCCUCUACUACGGCCUGUCCAAGACGGAGGAAGGGCGGGCAUUCUUCGCCAAUCAUCGCAAAGUCCUGGAUUUGAUCGUCAAGAUAUCUGCCGAGGCGUCAGACGAGAGCACGGUGGACGAUGAGGGCCUGGUGCCCUACCCCCACACGGCGACCUGGUUCGACCGCCCCUACAUCAUAUACACGCUGACCUCUUUCUCAAACAAGCCUUCCACGUGGUUCCUGCCGACCAAGCUGACCUACAUCGCCCCCAGCCAGCCCACUGCCCAGCUGCAGUGCGACUUUGGACGGGGCGUGACGGUGUGGACCAUGUCGUUUCAUUUUUUCUUGUUGGCUGACCUGGGAGAGGAGGCGGGCAAGGGGGGCUCCACGCGAUCGUUCAUCAUCUACAAGGGCACGGGGCCCACAGACGUGCAGAUCGCCAUCGGCUUUGUGUCGACAGCAGAGUCGGCUGGUACCACCCGCGGCAACCCCCUGUAUCUCCACUGGAUCACUCAAGUGAGAAGCGGUUGCCCGAGCAGAGAGACAGGCAAUCCGCUGCUGCUGUUUGUCCCCUGUUCAGGAUCAUCCGAUUGAGAGGGUCAUUCCGGCCGCGUCCAUCAGCCUAUACGAGUGGAGCCACAUCGUUGUAUCGCUGGACGACAAGAACCUCACGGUCAUGAAGAACGCAGAUGUGGUCUUCCGCGAGCGACUGGACGCACCCAUCCCCUUGCAAGCAUCGUCCAUCCCUGAUCUUUACCUCGGUGCACUCCUGUCGCCUCACCCGAUUUCAUGCAAAUCCUCUGUUUGAUCCAUGUAGGUUGCCCCGAGUGGGUUGAGGAGAGCGCCACGGUGCCCCACGGGUGGCUCUACAGUUUCUCGGUCUACUCCAACCAAGCAUUCGACCAAGUCAACGCACAGGCAGUCAAGUACAGAGAAGAGAGCGCUGCAUGGGCCUCCACACCUGUCCAGCACACGGUGUCGGACCUGCACGGCAUCGACGAUGUUCCCGACCCCAUCCACAUGCCGAUCGACACCAUUAAGGUGUUCGACUGUCGUGACCAAGUGGCCUCAGACGAGGGCAUUGCUGUGCUUGUCGACCUGCUGCGAAGUGACCUGGAGACACAAGUGCAGGCGGCCGCCGAUGCGCUCAAGAAUCUUGCCGAUCCCACAGUGGCGUCAGGCAUGGCGCGGAUAGUGAAGGUGCUGCAGAAGUCUGGCGGGCGCGGGUCUCGAGUGCAGCUGCUGGUGUCGGUGAUGGAGAAUACAACCAAUCCAAAAAUCUUCGCUGCCGUAGCUGAGCUGGCAAGCAGCAUCCUCAACUGGGAGAAUCCGCCGGGAACGCCUGGUCUUGACAUCGAAAAUAGGGAGCUGCUCAUCUCGAAGAUCCUGCGGCCGCUGGAGAAAGACAAGGGAAUGAAGAGAGCUCGCGAGCCAGUGAUUGUCCUGCAGCUCCAGGCGUGUCUCGGCAACCCCCGGAACGCAGACAUUCUGGCGCGCGACAACAUGGGCACUGUGCCGACAUUGUUUGAGUUCCUGCAGUCGGAGAACCCCACGACGGUCGCCAGGACUCUGCAGCUGAUGCUCAACAUGCUGCAGCACCCUAAGGGCGAGGCCUGGGCCAAGGACAUCUGCUCCAGCGCCAACCUCAAAACACUCAUGCAGCGAAGGGAGUCGGGGGGCUCGAGAGAGAUCAAACAGGGAUACGAGCGCCUCCUUAACCGGGUCAGUUAGCUCAUUCUGAUCGAUCGAUCGAUCGGUGAUAGUCAUCCAUUUGUCUGUUGUCUUUCAGGUGUUGCGGGUGGCAGACUCUGCGACGGUUAUGAACACACUGAUCAACAUGGAGGGCCUCAGCCCCGAAGAGGAGCGCUUCGUUGCCCAAGUCCUCUACUGCUCCCUCGCUGUGGUCGAUGCCUCCAAGAACAGCGGUCCCAUCGAGGUUCCACCGCCCCAGGAGGCGCGAGAGAGCGUCGACGGCAUGGCGCCAGUCAAAGUGCUCACGCUUGCUGGCGCCCCGGGCAUCAGCGUGUUUGUGCAGCCGAUGGUCAGCAUGCGGGCCCUUGGAUCGCGAGUGUACCUGCGCGUCUACACCGACUCGCGAGAGCCGGUGGCUAACGAUCCCAACGAGGUCUACUUGUGGGUGGCGCCAUCUGAAUCGGACCUGGAAAGGAGCAAGAACUGCAUCAUCAUACACGUGAGUCAUGCCCACAAGAUAGCUCUGCAGUAUUGUGAAAACGAAGAGAACUGCAUGUGUGCAGGCUGUGAUGCGUCCACACGACCCCCGUGAGGGCGGCAAGGGUGAACGGUGGUCGACGGGACAGAUCCACGUCCGCGACGUCCACUUCAGCGACAAGGUCUACUACCGGCUGCAGUACCUGGGAGGUAGUAGGCUGCAGCAGUACUACGAGCAGCUCGGAGACCGCAGCGGCCAAGACCCAGACUCACCCGACGAGCCGCCACGCCUGCAGCUCAUGGCACAGGCACUGGUGAGCCUCAAAAUGGACGUCAAUGUGGUUGUUCCUGGAUUGUGUGUCUCUGUGCUUGGACAACAGGACAUGGUGAUCAAUCUUGAGGCCAGAAGGGCUCAGACAAAUUGUCAGGAGGUCUUCAAGGUGCCCUUGGGUUUCCCGCGCAACCGCACGGUGGCGUCGUGGAUUCUGCGUCGUCUGGAGGAGAUCGAGGAUGACAUCAGAAAGGAGAUGGAGAAGACCAAGAAAGAGGACGAAGAGGAGGAGGGUACGCGCCUCAAUCUAGUGUGGAUCUGUAUAGCACGGCAGAGUACAUAAUGUCUCCUGUUAUUGUCUCUUGAUGUAUGUCGACGUCAGGGCACGAGGGCAUCAAGGAGGGCAAAGAGCAAGAGGAGGAGGCCGAGACAGAGGUCGACGAGUCGGGACUCAUCCUUUUCCACCAUCGCCUCUUCCGCGCUGCCGGCAUGGCCAGGGCUGCCGGCCAGUCACUGGAUGUUCUGCGAGACGGAGAAAUAGCCGCAUCGGGGCAGGACAUCGACGCCGAGGCCCGUGUGGAGGAGCAGAAAUCGCAGAAAUCGACUUUCGCAUCGUCCUUCAGCCUUUCUGUGGAGGCCAGAAGAAAGCGAGAGGUGCAGCGGUGGAUCGCCCAGUGCCUCACGGCCAUCACCAAAGGCAACCCCAGGAAGGUGGCCGAGGACGCCUUCCGCAACCGCGUGCUAAAGCUGAUCGACUCGACGGAUCCCUUCAUCUCACAAGCCAUCUGCGAGUGCCUCAACGUCAUUCUCUCGACCUCCUCCCAGCAGUCGUCCGUUUUGUCGGACGAGAAUGUGCAGAAGCUGUUGGCGAGCAUGGCCAAGGCCUUCGAGCAGCCAGACACCGCAGAGCGGUCGCUGCUGUCGAUGGCCAACAUCCUGCAGCGCUACGUGGAGCACAUCUCCGCCGGACAAGUUCGGGUUAGCGAGCUGACGAAUGAGAAGGCCUCUGUGCGAAUCGUGCGGCCGCUGCUGGAGCUGUUGAACCGAUACGGCAAGUCAGCUGUCUUCUCGAUCAUCCGGCAGGGCAUGGCGCACGACAUCAUCACUGCAGACAGCUUCAUGUCCGUCUCAGCUGCCAGAAUGGUCAGCAAGCGAUCGACAGCGAAGGAAUCCGCGGAGACGGAAAAAGCGGCACAGCUAAAUUUGAUGCUCGCACCAAUGGAGAGGGCCGUCAAACACCUCACGUCCAAGACGCAUAUCGAUGCCACCGCGGCGUAUGAGGACCUUGAACUGCUGUUCAAUGCCGCAUCGGUGCUCAAGAACAUCUGUCGCACAAGCAGACGAGAGGAACAUGCCCAACUGAUUCGUUCGGGAAUUGUCGGCCGCCUCCUGUUCCUGCUUGACGGGCUGGGACAGGUGAUCCCCAGAUGCGCCGAUCGGCGACAUUUCGACUACGUCGUGCCCGACAAUCUGAAGACGCGCGAGGGCAUCUUCGAGCACCCAACAUACAUCGUGCUGCCAUACACAGCCAACGUGCGCAUCUUCCGGGGCGCGUGUGCGGGCGUCUCCAAUAUCUGUCAGUGCCUGAGCAACCUGCUCAAGACCGACUGCCUGGCACUCAUACAGAUGCUGUCGCACAACGAUGGCGAGGGCAUGCAGGCGCUCUACGGCAUCCUCCCCGAGGUGAACGUCGAUGCCGGCUGCAACGAUUUUCAGAUCACGUCGCGGCCGACCGGGAUUGAAGAGAUCCGCCUGAUGGUGCAAGCACUCAUGGCCAUCAGCCGUUGCUGCCUGCGGAAGAUCCGAGCGCGAGCGGUGGAGGUGGUGUACCACUGUCUGCACCCUUACGGGCCGAAGGUGCCGCAGUGCCCGGCCAAGGUGCAGGACGUGGUAGAGCCUUGUCACGACUACCGUAUCUACUACGGCAUGCAGGGCGGCGACCAGGCUAAAGACCAUCCCGACCCGAUUAUCCAUCUGCCAUCGAGACACGAGCGACACUUCACAUUCACCAUGUGGACGCGAACCGACAAGCCGUUGAGGACCGUCAUCGAUGUGGUUUACGACUGUCAUUCCACGUCGAUGACCAAGCUGGACCUCGACACAGCCAUCGAGAAGCACGAAGAUAAGGGUCCCAUACGGGCAAAACUCAAAGUGCUCAAGAGACAGGACACAUACUGGUUCCGAUACGAGGAGGAGCGGAUCGCCGGAUACCUGCAGCUGCGGCGGGAGUGGACGUGGCACGGCAGAGACACACAGGCGGUCAAGCUCCUCACAGGGCACAAGGGAUGGACCUUCUUCGCAUUCCAAGUCAAGGUCAUUGAAAGCCCCAUGAAGGGCCGCCCUGACGACGAAAAGACCACAGGUGAACUGAGCCGGAGAAGACGCCAUUGAUUUAGAUGCACCGGUGUGUCUCUGUGUAUAUAUGUUUGUGUCUCAGCGCAUCGUGGCGAGCUGGACUUCCAGGACACCCAUGCGACCGCCUACCUGAAGUGUUUCUUCUUCGCCCCGCACGCCAGAUCAUCUGCCACGCAGAUGCCCAAGGUUGAUGAGUUCGAAUUUGGCCACCCCAAAUACGAGUACUUCAAGCCUGUCGACACGCGAGCCUGGAAGGCGUCGGCGGCCCUUGAGAGGCGCGACUCACAGAUGUCCGACGAGGUGCCUGAGGCGCGGCCCAGCACAAUGGUGACUGGCACACUGCCUGGCGUGAGGAGCAGGGGAGAGCUGUCGGCCGAGCGCGCCAAGUCUGGCAUGUCGCUGGGCGGGGUCACCUCCGCGACACAACAGAGGAUCCAAGAGCUGCAGAGGUAUGUAGACACGCUUGGGUGUAUAUGCAUGUUCAUCGAUCGCUGGCUCUCUCUUCCUCGGUUCUUGUUGGUCGUGCAGCCGCGGUCUCGACUGGCCGACACAACGUGAGCCAAUGGAGGUGUUCAUGCCCCUCCUCUUCCCCUUCCAGAUGGAGAAAGACGCUGUGGCCGGACUGGUCGAGAAGUCCCCUCUCACGGUGAGCGUCCCGGUCUCCUUAUGAUCGGUUGACGCUUCUGCCUCCUGUUUCUCUGCAUGACUUCGAUCAGAUCCGCAUCGGCGAGAAGCGCGAGGAGGUCGUGAAGGCCAUCCGCAUGCCCGACGUCUUCGUCACCCACGAUGUGGUGCAGCUGCUCGCGCCCUUUUGCGAGAAGCACAUGAGCACCGACCUCCUCUCGCGGCUUUCGUGUCACUGCCUCUACCUCCUCCUCACAGCAUUCGCCCGUCCACAGGGCACCGACGCAGGGGAGCUGCAAGACCGGCCCGAGGCAGCCGAGCUGCAGGAGCGGCUGCGGCAAUUCACUUUCCUGCUCGUCCAGUUCCAGCACGUCAUCACCAACACGCAGCGGCCGGAUGAGCGGCUCGGGGCUCUCAGGAUCGUCUGUGACGCACUCUGGAAGCUCUUCACGCGGGCUCAGAACUUUUACAGCGAGCAGGAGCUGGCCAACCGGCAGAAGAACAUCGUCAGCGGCCAGGCGGACAACUAUUACGACAUCCCAUUCGUCGAACGGAUCAUCUCCCUGCUGGCCGAAGUUUGUGUGAGGUAAGCUGGAACACAAAAUUACAGAGGACGCCGAAAAUCAUGUACGCCGAAAAUCAUUACAGACGGGACGGGAGCGCCAUUCGGCCAGUCCAGGAUUUCAUAGCACAGGAGCUCCUUGUGGUUCACGAGAAAAUGGCCAUCCAGCGCCGUCCCGAGCCAGAGGCAUCACACAACAUCUACACGCGGUUUCGACAGCAGCGGCUCAAGGACGCCAUCAGCGAGAUAGACGACAAGCAGGCCAGCAGAGUUCAGGCCAUCCUUAUGGUAAGGCAACACAGAGACAGAGACACCUCAUUGGUUGAUACGUCUUCUGUCUGUCUGUGUGUCCCUUGUCAGAAACUCGUCGGCAGUCUCAGCGAGAGUAGCAUCUUCACUCUCAUCCGCAUCGGCACAUCGAUCUUCUUCGAGCCCGCAGAACUGAGCGGAGUCGACGCCGAGUUCCAUCCGAGGGCCGACGAGAGGAGGAUCCUCUGGGCGCACGACCGGUCGCAGCCAGAAAGGGGCAAUGGCGGAGGUAGAGCCACAUUCGCCACGGGAUUCACCAGGAACUUCAGCAGGUACAAGUGGAUUCAUGGAUCCCCCUUUCUUAUGUGCAAGUGUGUGUCGCUUUGUUCUGACCUUCAUACAGGCUGAUGUCCGGCAGCGUGACAGAUGAGGACCGGACUGAACGAUCAGUGGCCCUCCGCUAUCUCUAUCACUCGAUGCUUCGUUUGCUCGCGGCCAUAUGUGCGGACCGCAAUGAGACCAACUCGCUGCGGCUGCGGCAACUCAUCCCCCUGCCGGUGGUGCAGAGCCAGCUCGUGCAGCGGGAGGUGCUGGGCUACGCCGGACACAAGUUCGACUCGCCUGCCAGGAUGGCCAGAGAACUCAUCUACCAAAAGGUCCAAUUGAGGUCUGUCACAAUCAAAGUCUCUGCUUGAUUUGUUUCUUUGAUCAGACCAUGUUGGCUCGCUCAGACACCGGUCGACUCAGCCGAGCUCGCAGCCGGGCGUUCUCGCGUGCGUACUCGCAGAUCAGUGGGCUGACUAGUCUCGGUGAUCAGCUGGAGGGCGAGGGCCCGCGAGACAAGGCCGAUCUGUCAGACAUGAACGCCGUCUCAGCCAACAUGUCGCUGCUGCUCCAUGCUUUCCUCAAUCAACCGCCUUUUGCUGACCAGUCGCACCGCAGCGUUGUGAAGCGCCAAGUCUAUCUCGAUGGGAGCAGAGCCGACGACGAGGCAGUGACAGAGGUGGUCACUGGCGGGAUGCUGGUGAUGAAUGGCAUGACAAUGGAGGACCUGAAGCGACUCUGCUGGAUGUGCUCGUGGCAAAUGGCGUCGCUGGCCCUGCUGGUCACCGACUUGUGCGACAAGAAGCUGCUCAAGAAGGCGCCCAGGCAGACCUACACCGACACUUUGUUCGGCUACAUCCGGGUGCUCGCACAGGUGAUGGCCAAGCUGAUUGGCCUCGGAUUCUUCGAGUGCUUCAAAUCUGAGGCGGAGAAGUCGUCGGAUGCCGAUGAGAAGCGGUCCGCAAUGCAGAUAUACGACAUGUCGCACGUCAUCGAUUUGUUCACGGCCAUGCACAAGGUGCAGAGCUGCUGGGACACAGUCAUCUCGCCCGAGUCGAAAGCAGCAGUGACGGAAAUGUGCCAGCUCAUCAGUGUGGUGUGCUCGCUCAUCAUCAACAACCACAUCGACCGAUUCAUGUUCUCGUUCAACUUCUACGUGCCUCCGAGAGUGCGGGCCAGCUUCCCUCCUCGCGGCCGCAAUGUUGCCCUGGAGCGCUUCCAGCAGAUGGGCGUCAAGCAGAUCGACGAGAAGUGGAUGCAGCUGGACCCGAUCUUCAGGGAGACGAUACAAGAGCUGACCAUCACCUCACUGCCGUGGGAGCGACCCGACGCCACCGAAACCGAGUCGAGGCGCAACCUGUCCCAGUUCGUGCUUGCGCUGCUGGAUUUCGCUGCAAUGGGAGACUCCGCUCUGGCUAUUGAGGUGACUCACUCAACGUGCACAAAAGGCAUUCUUCUCGUUCACAGUGCCAUGAUUCCUGUCCUCUUUCAGUCAGUGAAGCUCCUGUCCCAUCUGUGUCGGCGCCGGCGUGACUUGAUACAGGCGCUAGACGAUCUGCAACUGCUGGACACGGGUGAUCGGGAGAAGUUCGUCGCUUUGGAGCCCUGGGUCAAGGAGACGGCCGUGGCCAUCAGGGGCAUCCAGAACGUGGAGCGAGUGCUGGAGAAGGAGAACCAAUGGAUAGUCCAGGAGAAACUCAAGAGCUACACCGUGCCAUCUGAGAGCCUGGUGAGCGGGUGCAACGGAUACAUGAGUGAUCGACACGUCUCGGCCUGAGUGUCUAAUGGUCAGGGCGGAGGCGCCUGGCACGAAGAGGACCUUGCUGACGGGGCUGUUGUCCAGGUGGACGAGGAAGGAGCUGCCAGCUACGUGCAGCGCAACCAAACGGUCGUCAUCAUACUGCGAUCGGCACACAUGGCCGGCCUGCACGAGGAAAUGAACCAGGACUUUCACAUCAGAGGUGUCUCGAGGCGGCGAAAAGCGUUCGGUGCUGAGGCGGAGGACGUCAAGUUCUCGACCGAUCCCCUCAUCCUCGUGGGUGCAGCACCUGGCAGAAAGGUGAAUAGUCACACACUCACUCAGUCCACCACAUCAGCUCGCAUUUCUCUGACGCUACAGACGCACAUCGAGGCCACUGCGGGCCAAAUUCCUCUUGGCUUCACCGGUGGCGACGAAAGGGGCCACCUGUAUGUCAAUGGCGCUUUGUGGGAGAGCGGCUUUGGCGGCUUCACGACGGGCAGCUAUGUUGGUGUGGAGCUGGACUACAGUGAGGCCACCAACCCCGUCAUGUACCUGUAUGUCGACGGCCUGAGAGUGGCGGUGAUUCCUCGGAUCGAGUCGGAGCUCGUGCCUUGCGUGGGUCUGUCUGGAAUGGGGCAGUCGGUCAAGAUCGCCAGAGGACGGCCCAGAAGGGGAAAGGGACUCUUGCUGACAGGGGAAGACGUGAGCACUGAUUUCACAAAUUUCAAGAGAAUCGAUGCGUCUCUUUUCCCCUUGACUACAUUUAUAUGCGUGCAGAUGUCUGAGGAGACCUACACUCUUGACUUGGAGUACGAUCCCGCCAAGGAGUGUUUCUUCCUCUCAUCAACGGGCGCCACGCAGGAGGUGCCUACAGAGGAGGGCGCGGAGGCCCGACGGCUCCUCUAUGAGGGAUGGAACGCAGGUACACGGAAAGAGACACACAUGCACAAAGACAAUGUUGUCCUGUGUGCGGCAGCGUAUUCAACAACGAGCGGGUCUCGUCGGCAGGAGUGGCUCGACAAGAUCAAGGCAUUUGGCAAGGGGCCCCGCUUCAUGGUCAACCCCCGCAAGAGCCACACCUGGUGCCUCAACGUCAUGACCCUGUCGGACGCAUUCAUCGAGCGGGCCGAAAUCACACGAGGCAUACAGGCUGCGUCGCGCAAGGCGUCCAUGUCGGUCUUCACCGACCGCACGGGACAUCUCAGGCGCAAGGUCGUGCGCAACUGGGAGCCUGUCAUCCCGGCAAAGGAGGGUGAGACAUCAGCACCGGGCGGCGGCAAUGUGACCGAGGUGCGCACGGAGGUGUUGCCUGAGUUUGUAUACGGCGCCCGGAAGCUCUUCCUGGUCUUCAACGAGCUUGACGCGCACCCCGUGACGCCUGAGACGGACCCGAAGGGUGUGAAGGUGCGGCUGUACCUGACACACAUGCUGCCCAUCAAGACGGAGAAGGACAUGCUCAUGAAGCUCUUCGACCACUUCAUAUCCAUCUGCCAGCUGGGCAACGGACACCUGCUCUACUACCACAAAGUGGAGAUACUCGCCCUGCAGACUCUCUCCUUCGUCCUCUCCCCCCUGCCGCACUUGCGUGAGUCUAUCCUGGACGACCCCAGCAAUCAGCAUCUUGCCAGCGAGGACCAGCGCACGCCUUUCCACUCUGUCACCCGAUUCCUGCGGAUCUUCUGCAGCCGCAAUCCACAGUAUCGUUCGCUGUUCAUCCGUCCGGACGUUUUUGAGCUGCUGGUGACCUGCAUGGCCAAGGGAUCCAACAUGGGCGCGCACAUCGGCGUCAGCUCCUUGAUGGUGGAAAUCUUCGAGAAGAACCCCCACGCCAAGGACUUCGUCACCCAGCAGUUCGUCAACCAGAUGUUGGACGCCCUCCUGCAUAACUUCAUGACACGGCCCUCGGUGGUGCUGGACUGCAUCCGCGUCCUCAACUCGAUCGUCACUACUGAGCGCGACUCCAUCAGGAGCAGAGACAACGGCAACAUCAUCCUCCUAGAACUCCUGAAGCGCAACUCAAGGGAGGCGUCCGAUCUGCCAUGGCUACCCAUCACCAUAAACGGGUUCGGCAUCGUGUCGUCAGCCCUCAAGGAAGACCAGAACGUCAUCGUGAGCCAGCUGAGGCGCCUGGCCAAUCUGGAGGAGGCGAGGAAGGCCCUGGCCAAGAGGGGCGAGGAGAUCAUGUACGAGGAAGAGGCCGACCAACAGAGGCCCCAGCCGCGCCAGAGAAGGGGCGCAGUGCGGUACUCGAGGGCCCCCAGGCCGAGCACCGCCCGAUCUGAGUUUGAAGCCAGCGGCACAUACGAGCAGGAGGGCACGCUCACCAUGGCUGAGGAAGCGUACGACGAGGAAGAGGAGUCUCUGAGCCUCAAGACCGCUCUCAACCUCUCACAACUCUUCGUCACGGCCUUCCAGCUGCAGCUCAUCGAGUUGGUGCUGCGUUGCUCCUCCUUCGGACUCAACAAGACCGUCCUCCGCCAAAUAUCCAACAACAUCCACGAGAUGCAGGGCGCCCUCGAGCACAAGGGCAAAAAGGGCCGGGCAGAUGAUGCGGAAGAGGCGCUGCAUCUGCUUAGGGCGCGACAGAGGUACUUUGUGCAGAUUGUGCUGUGGCUGUCACAAGAGGAGACGGAGAGCGAAGUGCCGCUGGUCGUGCAGGACGCCUACCUUCGAAUGGCCAUCUUCCUCUUGAAGCCGCACGAGAUCGAAGAGGUCCUCGACACAUACUGGGAGGACGCCCUCGACAACAUCGGACCCACAGAGGUGAGGAAGAGACACACAAUUCCGUGAACCUGGGAACAAGCAUGCUUCCCGGAACUCUCAGAUGGUGCUGCUGCUCCUCCGUUUCUUCGAACGGUACUUCGCGAGUUUCGCCAGCCAAGCACAUCUGUUCAGCCCCCGCAUAUCGACGGUGGUGGAGACGAUCGACACGCGCAUCUGCUGGGAGCGGUCGCCGUACUUUGUCCGUGACCACAUCCUGCUGCUGUUCAUCCAGCUGCUGCAGAUCUACAACCGGCAGAAGACAUGGACGGCUGGCUUCCUGGGGCAGGGGUACAUACACAGGGGAGGCAGCAUGGAGAGACCGCCCCCACAGACAGCCAUCAAGCAUAAGUUCAAGUAAGCCAAACAACACAUACAUGCACAAUGCAUUCGUGGAUCCGGCGACACUGACUGCGGGUGGGCAUUUGUUUGCGUGUAGGGCGACGUUCCACGGUGAGGGCUUUUUCGGAACAUCACCUGCUGACGUCACGCAGGAAGAGACGGCGCUCAUGCUGGCAGAAGGGGCUGCCCUCGUGAGCACUGACCAAGAGACAGAUGAACCAGACAUCACCCCCUCUCCCGUGUGCUUUCUGUCCAGCCCGAAGAGCAGACGACCGAGGCCAGCACGGGAGCCGGCGGCAUCACGCGGCAGGAGACAAUGGAGGAGGAGAUCCAGUCGGCCGACAACCUGCUACUGGCGGGGCUUUUCAAGAGCCUGCUGGACCAACGCAAGUGGCGGCACGAAGAGUGGGGCAUCAAGCAGGAGAUGCUCAUCGUACUCCGCAUGCUCACAAACAUGAAACUCACACGCAACCUGGUUGGCAUACGAACAUCCACCCAACACCUUUCUCUCCUUCGAGCUUGGAACAGCCCUCUUCUCCUUUCAUCUGUCAGCCGACGGAGCCCCAGGGCUUCCAGGAGACCACAGAGCUGCGCAACUGCAUUGCUGUGCUGGAGGGCCGCAAGCCACCGUCACCCACAGAAAAGGAGGAAGAGAUCGAGGAAGUGGCGGGUUCACCCACUGCUGGCCCGCCAGGGGCGCCCAGCUCGGCUGGCGUCGAUGACGAGCUGUACACUACCCUUACUCAGCCGCUGCUCACAGGAGGAGGCCCGGAUCGUACCCAAGUGGGCAUCGGGGGGUCGAUUGAGCUGGCGGAGAGACGGGGGCCGAUGGCCGUGCCGGACACUGUGGUGCGUGUGGAGGGGGCCGACAGGACACACAGGAGACGGCGAGCCUCAGGGACGGACGCCGGUGGCCCUGGGGCGGAGGAGGACGACUAUGCCGACCUGCUGUAUGAACUCAUGGAGCUGCCCGAUCAGGUAGGGACAUGGGAGAUAGACAUGCAGACGAGACAUGGCACGAUGAUCGGCUGUGUGCGUGUGUGCACAGGAGCUGAACGAGCGGCUGAACGUCGAUGUGAACUUGUGGCGAAGGCAGCAGCUGGUGCAUCCCACGUUCUAUCUGGACCACACGGCAGACAAGAUAUGGAACGUCGAACAAGAGCUCCGCAGGACCCUCUCGAACGUACGCAAAUACCACGGCACCAGUAGCCAGAUGUUUCUAUACAUGUGCAUGUCCAUGCAUCGGUCAGGUGAAUUUAGAGCUGUGGAACUCUCAGUAUCUGCUGAUGGAGUUCCGGUGCGAGGUACACAUCAACAUCGGAGCGUCACGUGCCGUACACGGCAUCUCCUCGGCCCUCGUGGCACAGCAAUCCGACAGGUGGACAGCGGGGCGUCAGGGGGGGAGCAAGGCGACGACUGUUCCAUUGAAUUCACGUUCUGUGUGUGGCGUCUGCGUCUAGCCAAGGAGCGGGUCAGCCGACGACGGUUGAUGCGAUGCCCAGGCAGUAUCAGCUGUACUUCGAGAUCGAGGCCAACGGAAAAGACACCCUCUACCUCGAGUGCCUCUUGCCAUGUAAGCACUCCAUUGAUCUACUGAACACGGCGCGUCUGCUUCCAAUGCGAUGUAUCCAUGUGCGUGUGCAGCCGAGGAGUCUCGGCGCAAGAUCCGCCUGCAGCUGCUGGGAGUGUCGAGGCUCACCUUCCGCACCCGGUCACUGCAUAUGGAUGCCGUGACGUCUACAAGCGUGACGGUGGCCAAUCCACGGCUGAUGGUCCUGUCUGCGCCCAAGGCCUUCGACCCGGCUGUGGUGCGGGCCGUUGUGGAGGAGGGGCGGUCGCACAUGUCGACCAACUACAGGGAGGGGUCCAAGCAGGUCAUUCACUCGCUGCUCCCGCAGUACAUACACAUGGCCGUCGACAUUAUCGAACGAGACACUCUCGGUCCGUGGCCAAUCACGCACACAGGCACGUAAAGGGACACGAGCACACAGGUCUCUCUCUGCCUCCUCCUACCAAUCAGACUGGAAGCAGCCGCGCUCAUCAGGGCGUUUGAGCGUGUCGGAGGACGCUCAGCUGGAAAAAGAGCACCGGGAGGUGGUCAAUAUGCUCAGCAGGGCCCUCAGCCAUGUCAUGAAGAACGAGAUGCUCAAGCGACUCGACGUCAAGGAUGAGGAGCAGCUACGGCUCUCGGCCUCAAAGGACCUCUACCCCGUCUUUGAGAUACUGACUGAGAAGGCCAGGCCGGGGACAGACGUCAGUCACCCUACAGCACACACACACAAUUAUACAACCCUAAUGCAUGUAUCCGAUGUCGCCCUUUUGCUGUCUCAGGCGCCGGACCCUGCUCUUCGUGACGUGCCCGCUCUGUUUUGGGACGUGGAGCCCCACCGGCAAGCCGAGACUAUGCUUGGCUGGAUCCUCCAGAUGUGCCACGUGGUGCGUGUGGUGGCGUUCCUCAAGGACGACUCGAGAAUCGACUUCAGCAAACAAUGGGUAUCCGAGCGCACCACAGACAUCUUCGCGGCACUCCUGUCGACAGGGGAGGAUCGGGCGGCGCGUGCGUCCUGUGUGGCACUCCUCAGCAUCCUGCAGGUAAUAGAGACGUGCUCAUGACAUUCACAUAGCCUGCUACUGACAUCUGUCCAAUCAGGAGCUGCUGGCGCGUGAUGAAGAUGUGGAGCGUCGUUGGCAAGAGUUCAAGUCCCUCGCGCCAGAGCAUGACGUCCUGGAGCCGUCGUUCGCCGUGCAGAAGGCCCGCUUCCUCUGCCCCUUUUCGUGUCCUGACGUGGGCCCUUCCUCUGUGCAUCUCGCCCACCACCUGCGGAUGUUCUUCGAGAAGGCUCAGGUGGACGUCAUCGAUCCGAUUCGCCUGGUGGAGGUGCUGCUGCAGAGUGCAGACACCACACUGCGCUUCGAGUCGUACAAGCUUGGCUGCAAGAUCUUGCAGGACGCGCAGCUGAACCUGCAGAAUGCCUUUGUGGACGACCCAGACGAGAGAGAUCAGCUGCGCAAGUGUUUCCGCUACGAGUUCGAGUCCUUCCCAGACAGGUUCAACGGCACGCAGCACCAGUCCAACACCGAGGUGCUGAGCAUCCUCCUGCGGUUCAUCCAGCACCUGUGCGAGUUCCACAACAGGGAUCUGCAGGAGUUCUUUGCAUACCAGCUGGAAGGCUACCAGCUGUCACUGCUGGCCGCUGAGGGUGAGAUGCUGCCUGGCCGGCAAACCCAUCCGGCGGCUGCUGGUGCCCUCGCGAUCGAGGAUAUCACGGAAAGGGGAGAGGGCAAAGAGCCAUCGGCAGCAGAGACGCCAGAGAACCUCGUGCAGUGGAAGUGCGAGACGCUAAAGAGCGUAAUCAGCAAGAUAGUGGCUGACCAGGAGUGGCAAGUGUCCAUGGGCAACCGCAGGGCGCAGUACAUCCUCCUCCAACAAAUAUUUGAAACCGGCACAGAGAUGAUUCAAGGUCACACACUCUCACACCCCCUCACACACAUAAUGGGCUGCAUCAAUGGUGCGUUGCUGUUGUCCAUUGAUGUUUCAGGCCCUUGCACGCAGAACCAGCGCAUCUUCCUUCGCAAGGGCAUCUGUCGCGACAUCGAAAAGCUGUUCGAGCUCCAGAGGAAAGACGAGGAGGCGUUUCGUAACCUGAUGGCGGACAACGAAGACUUGCGCGAGUCCUGGAUGGACCUCUGCAAGACCAUGCGGCUGAUGGAGAUCGCCAUCCUGCGGUUCCUGUACUCCCUGCUGGAAGAGGAUCUCCUUAAUGUGGGCGACGACAACUUCCUCGAGAAGCAGCAGAGCAUCCUGCAGCACAAGAACGAGACCAUCCGGCGAAUGGUGGAGGAAAUGAACCCCCGCACGAUGUGCAGGAAGAUCAUCACUCAUUGGAACCUGAGCUCCGAGGGCGCCGACGACCAGAUGAAGGUGCCGCACAUCGACGACGCCGCUUUUUUGCCCACCACUGAAGGAGACAUAAUCCGGCCGAAGACGGAGAUAGAAUCUAAGGUGACCAGACCGACCAGAACACAUCCAUCUGUGUCUUGCCCUGACUGGCUGCGGCUCGCUGUUCGUCUUCAGGUGUAUCCUCUGGCCGAGCAGGAGGUCCAUUCGCUGGAGAUCUGCUUCUGGUGCUACUCACUCUUCGACGCCAUCUACAACGAGUCCCUCCUGGCCUACAAUGUGGAGCUGCCGCGAGAGGUGCUCAUGACAUUCCACUCGGAGGGCCCGCGGUUCCAGAAGGGCGACUGGGCGGCAGCCAAGGCCAAAAUAUACGACUUCUUCAAAGAAAGCGUCACCAGGAAGGUACGAGAGCCGUCCGUCGAGUGCGUGUCUCGUGUCUCAUCCCUCUUACGUGUGUAGACGCACGCCAAGUACUUGCACUAUCUUUUCGGGCGUGUGGAAGUGGUGCGCGGCACACGGCUGCAGCGGCUGUACUUCCUGGUGCCCGAGUCUGUCAGAGCCCUCAAGGACCACUCACUCGUUAAAGCGUGGCAGGAGUCCUUCGUGCAAGAGGUCAAGAGGUCGUCGCCCGAGGAGAAGAUCGAUGGCUUUUCGGAUCGUGUGAUGAGCGAGUACAUCACAUUCGUGGAACACCAAUACGAGCUGCUCAAGCGCCCAUGGCCCCUCAACAGGGCGGGAGAGGUCAUUUCCUUUUCUCUCAAUGCCAUUAUCUUCCUGACCAUCCUGAUCAACAUUUUCCUUAUCGCCUUCUACAACAAGGCCUACACCGCCGACGAUCCGGAGGCGCAGUGGCACUCCUUCGGGGAAGAGGCGUGGAAGAGCAUCCUGUUCAGCACACUGUCCUACAGCCAUUUACUGUUCUCGCUCUUGUGGACGCUGUUCUAUAUCGUUUCCUAUAGUGGGUGGACGAUGUCGGCGCAGAUGCAGCACUGGAAGGCAAACCACCCGAAGCUGUCGUAUAUACUCACUUACUGGCCGAUCCGCUUCGCCCUGAGUCUGUACUUCUUCUUUGCGGACAAUGUGCUGCUGUAUCGCUUUAUAUACGUGACCUUCUCGUACCUGGGCUGCCGAGUAAGGUUCUGCCCAUUUGCCUAUCCGUCGGUCCCCAUUUCUCUGAUGUCUUGUGUUUCAGGUGAAUCCGCUGUUUUUCUCUUUUCACGUGAUCGACAUCUGUACUCACUUCCAGAUCUUGCAGAAGGUCAUGGAGGCCGUCAUGAGCACCUACACACAGCUCAUGGGUCAGUUACUGAGGUGGAUGGAUGCAGGGGGAUGCAGACACACUCCAAGAGCAAAUCGUGUGCAUGCGUGUGUGUGUGUGUGUGUGUAUGCGCCAGGUACGAUCUUCCUGGGGUUUUCUGUGUCGUACUGCUUUGUGGUCGUCGGUUUCAUGGCAUUCGGACAUGGAUAUGACUUCGCCGAUAAGGACAAUUACGAGUGAGGGAGUGAGAACCGCCACACGGCCCGGCUACUCGUGUCUCUCUGCUUAUCUGCUUCUCAGGUGCACGAGUCUGGUUACGUGUCUGAAGGGCCAUCUGGACUACGGUUUCCGCUCCGCGCCUUUGUGGCGUGAAAGCCACCAGGACUGGACGACCUUUUUCUUCGACUACUUUUACUAUUUGUUCAUCAUCCUCAUCCUGUCGGCCAUCAUCAGCGGUAUCAUCAUCGACACCUUCGCGGAGAAGCGAAACGAGGCCGCUGCCAAGAGCGACGACAUGCUCGGCAAGUGCUUUAUCUGCUCGCUUGAUAAGACGCUGCUUGAGAGGAAGAGAAUACAGGUAUGUGGUGCGGUGCCCCACCACCACACCCACACACACAGAGAAAGAGAGAGAGAGAGAGACAACGCAACACACGCCACGCCCCCCCUCUCCCCUCCCUCCCUCCCUCCCUCCCUCUGUGUCUCUCUCUGUCUCUCUCUGUGUGUGUGUGUGUGUGUGUCAGUUUUCCGACCACAUAUAUGAGGACCACUACAUGUGGGCGUACGCGCGUUUCCUCCUCUACCUGCACCAGACCAGCGCAGCCGACCUCACCGGCCCAGAGAGCUACAUCAAGGAGCAGUGGCACAAGAAUGACCGCAGCUUCUUCCCACUUGGCCGCUGCAUGGCGCUAGAGGCACGGGAGCUGUCCGAGACGGCCUCGCUCAUGGACAGGGCCGUCACUCUGAAGGAUUUCGAGGGCUUGCGUGCGAGCAUGGGUCGGCUGACCGAUGAUGAGGAGACGAUAAAGCACAAGGUGGAUGUGCUGGAUGGGAAGAUCGGCGAGCUGGCCGGCAGGAUGGCCGGCCUCAUCAGCGAACAGAAACGAAUGAUGCAGCAGCAAGGUGGGUUCGUCCGUGAACGGGACACGCCCAUGGAGGCGCAGGAGCUUUCUGUGUGCGCAUUCGUGUCUCUCUCUCUCUCUCUCUGUGUGUGUGUGUGUGUGUGGAUGUGUGUGUGUCUAUCAGAGAUCAUGGACGUCCCUGCUUCUGCACUGGGGCCGAGGGACUCCAUCAGAUAA